GGUGGCGGCGGCUCAUCCUGCGGCGGCAGUGGCCCGUCUGGAGCGGCUGCUGCGAGGACGCCAGCUGCAGCGGAGGAGCCGCAGCCGGGGCUGCGCGCUCCACGGAGCCGGCGGGCGCCGGGAACAGGUGAUCCCAGCGGGAACCCGGAGCCCUCCCGAGUUGGCGGGGCGAGAGCCCGCACUCCCGGGCGCAGCUGCAGCCACCCCGCCGUUCUGGUCGUGGACAGCCCCCGGCUUUGGACCCGGGCUCGGGCAUCCCUCCGCUCACGGGGGCCCAGGAAGCCCUCUGCCCCGGCAGGCUCAGAAGUGCCAGCUCCCGCUGCCCGGCGCUCGCCCCGCGGAGGGGCAAAGUUGUGGACGUGUUCGGAUAGCUGAGUCCGGGCGCUGUCGCGACCUGGCUGGGUCAGCGCGCUCUCGGAGCGCCACUGACUCGCCGGCCCCGCCACCGCCUUGCCUCCCCCCCGAGUCUGCUCCCUCUGGGAACCGCUUCUGAGGCUGAAACUUUGGGCCAAGGGGCUGAGGGCGGCUCGGCUCAGGGACGAGGCCUGCGGGCGUCCCUCUGCGUCGAUAGCCCCGGUACGGCGGACGGCAUGUGACGGCCCCAGCAACGGCCGCAGCGCGGGAAGGCGCGGGCCCCGUGGGCUCUGGCCGCUGCAAGGAGGAACUGCGCGGCCGGCCCUUGCGGGCCCGGGCCCUGAGCCGUGCUGCCCAGCUCGCCCGGGCCCGGCCAAGGCCCCUGCGUCCCCCGCCUCGGCGCGGGAAGACACCCUCCAAACUCUGAAGGAAGUUCAGCCUUCAGAGGCCGUACCCGACCGGCCAAAACUCUCAGGGACCACCCCCACCCCGGGUGGCGCCCCUCGUCGAUCUCCCCUAGCUGAGACCCCUGCUGAGAAGUGCCUGGACUCUGAGAGCCUCAGGGGCCCAGUUGCAGCUGACUGUCCCCAGUCCUGUGCCAAGCCACGAUGCUCAUGAGGAAAGUGCCCGGCUUCGUCCCGGCCUCCCCAUGGGGGCUGCGGUUGCCGCAGAAGUUCCUUUUCCUUCUCUUCCUCUCAGGCCUCGUCACCCUGUGCUUCGGGGCCCUCUUCCUACUGCCCAACUCCUCUCGCCUCAAGCGCCUCUUCCUGGCCCCCCGGACGCAGCAGCCCGGCCUGGAGGUAGUUGCCGAAGUCCCCGGGCAACCCUCGGCCCGAGUGCAGGAGUUGCCCCCUAACCCAGCCCCCGCUGUGCCAGCCCCGGGCAAGGACGACCCCAGCAGCCAAGCCAGGACCCGCCGCAGGAAAGGGUCGCUGCGGCGUACCUACCCCACCGGGCCACGGCAGGAGGCCACGGAGCCCAGGAGCAGCGGCCUCAUCGAGGCCCCCAGAUCCCAAGAGGGGAGCAUCCCAUUUAGCUUUGACUUUAAUGCGUUCAGGAGCCGCCUCCGCCACCCGGUCCUCGGGACUAGAAUCGAUGAGAGUGAGGAGCCCCAGAGCCUAGUUCGAACCCAGCGGGAGAAAGUCAAGGAGAUGAUGCGGUUCGCCUGGCAGAGCUACAAGCGCUACGCAAUGGGGAAAAAUGAGCUCCGGCCCCUCACAAAGGAUGGCUAUGAGGGCAGCAUGUUUGGAAGCCUUAACGGGGCGACGGUCAUUGACUCCCUUGACACCCUCUACCUCAUGGAGCUGAGAGAGGAGUUCCAGGAGGCCAAGGCCUGGGUUGAAGAGAACUUUCACCUGAACGUGAGUGGAGAAGCAUCUUUGUUUGAGGUGAACAUCCGGUACAUCGGAGGACUCCUCUCAGCCUUCUACCUGACAGGGGAGGAGGUGUUCCGCAUAAAGGCCAUCAAGCUGGGAGAGAAGCUGCUGCCGGCCUUCAACACCCCCACGGGGAUCCCAAAAGGUGUCGUGAACUUCAAAAGUGGCUCCAACCGGAGCUGGGGCUGGUCCACGGCCGGCAGCAGCAGCAUCCUGGCAGAGUUUGGAUCCCUGCACUUGGAGUUCCUACACCUCACCGAGCUCUCUGGCAAUCCGGUCUUCGCUGAAAAGGUCAGGCACAUCCGGAAGGUCCUCAGGAAGAUUGAUAAGCCAUUUGGCCUCUACCCCAACUUCAUCAGUCCAGUGAGCGGGAACUGGAUGCAACACCACGUCUCAGUUGGAGGACUCGGGGACAGUUUUUAUGAAUAUUUGAUCAAAUCCUGGUUGAUGUCGGCCAAGACAGAUAUAGAGGCUAAAGAGAUGUACUAUGAAGCCUUGAAGGCACUAGAGACCCACUUGCUGAAUGUGUCUCCCGGGGGGCUGACCUACUUUGCUGAGUGGCGUGGGGGGAUUCUGGACCACAAGAUGGGGCACCUGGCCUGUUUCUCCGGGGGCAUGAUCGCCCUCGGCGCUGAGGACGCCGAGGAGGAAAAGAGGGCCCACUACCGAGAGCUCGCAGCCCAGAUCACUAAGACGUGCCACGAGUCGUAUGACCGCUCAGAUACCAAACUGGGGCCCGAGGCCUUCUGGUUUAACUCCGGCAGAGAGGCGGUGUCCACGCAGCUGAGCGAGAGCUACUACAUCCUGAGACCCGAGGUGGUGGAGAGCUACAUGUACUUAUGGCGGCAGACCCACAACCCUGUCUACAGGGAGUGGGGCUGGGAAGUGGUGACGGCCUUGGAGAAAUACUGUCGGACAGAAGCCGGUUUCUCUGGCAUCCAAGAUGUGUACAGCAGCAUCCCCAGCCACGACAACAAGCAGCAGACCUUCUUUCUAGCGGAGACCCUCAAGUAUCUCUAUCUUCUGUUCUCUGAAGACAACACACUCUCCCUGGAAGACUGGGUGUUCAACACGGAGGCCCACCCACUCCCCGUGAACCACUCGGACAGCGUCGGCGGGGCUGGGGACCAACUCUGACCCCCCCUCCCUGCCGCUCCCGAGGCACCACAGGGACUCCUCGCCUUUCCAGGUUUUGGGACUGUUCUCAAGAGGAUUGGGAACAUAGGCCCCGUUCCAGGCAGCUGUGCUGGACAAGCAACUUCUUUUCCUCUGUGAGGAGACAGGACUUGGAGACGCAGUGAAGUCACACCAGGCCCAGACAUUCCUUUCUAUGGACAAUUUCUAUGAAACCCACUCAGUUGCCAUUCCAGGGCCAAGGGACUAGAGGUUUGCACAUCGGCCCCAUGUAUUUGAUUCACUUCCUUUCAUUUUGGGGGUAUUUUUGUU